AUGCGAAUUGUUAUACCUCCGAGUCUACAGAAAUACAUGCUAAAAAUCAUUCACGAGUCUCACCUGGGAAUCGUAAAAUGUAAACAACGAGGAAGAGAAGUAAUGUAUUGGCCAUCAAUGAAUGCAGAGAUAGAAGAUACAGUCAAGAACUGCACAAAAUGUGCAGAAUUCCCAAGAAAAAAUUCAGCAGAACCUCUCAUGCCUACUUCAGUACCCAACUAUCCAUUUGCAGAAGUCUCAACAGAUAUUUUUGACUUCGAGGGAAAGAACCAUCUCACUACGGUUGAUUAUUUUUCCAAAUAUAUUGAGGUGGAUGAACUUAGAAAUCUCACCAGUGAACAUGUUAUUGAAAAACUAAAAAGUCAGUUUUGUCGUCAUGGAAUACUUGAAAAACUACGGAGUGAUUACGGACCACAGUUCACAAGCAAACAGUUCCGGCAGUUUUGUAAAGACUAUGGCAUCAAUCACAACACAUCAAGUCCACACUUCCAAUGUUCUAAUGGGGAGGAAGAACGUGCCGUUCAAACGGUAAAGAAACUGUGGAGAAAGAACACUGACCGAUAUCUUGCACUUCUUGACUACCGAACAACUCCAUUAGAAGGAAUCAAUCUUUCUCCGGCACAGCUUCUGAUGGGACGUCGCCCUAGAAAUAAACUACCAUCAUCCCGAGGCCUUUUGACUCCUUCAUCUUACAAUCAAGAAGUCAUCAAACAGCGUCUUAACCUUGAAAAGGAGAGACAGAAAUACUAUCAUGACAAACCAAAUAUUACAAGUCAUGCGCCAUUCCAACCAGGAGACCAGAUGAAGAUUUUCGUGUUCCUCGCCGUAGCUGCCCUACUGUCCGGAGCAAACGCUUCCAGCAUUGGCGACUUCUUCGGAAACCUGUUCCACACAAUUGGCAACACCCUGCACUCCAUCACCGAUACCGUGAAACCGCUCGCCGCCCAACUCGGCCAGAGUCUGCUCAGCACACUGAAAACACAAGGGGCUCAACUCCUGGGCGGUGUGGUGCAAAGUCUAACUGGUGCUUUGAGUUCGGCUGGAGGCAAGAGAGAUCUAAGCGAGAUCGCCUCCUUCCUAACCACUGGCAAGCACGUCAUCGACAAGAUGGCCACCAACUUGAGCGCGUUCUUCCAGGCAGCCAUGGGUAAACUGGCCAACAUUGCAGACAAGAUCCACAGCUUGGAGUUCCUCAAGGAACCAGUCGAGAAUAUCAUCUCUGAAAUCAAGAAUGUUGUUAACCUGCACGGACAUCUGCAGCUGGCCAACAUCGCCGACCUUCUGAAGGACCCAACUCAGUUCCUCGUCAAGAUGGGCGGCAAGCUCCUGGGAAGUCUGAUGCACAAGAGAAGUGCCAUCGUCGACGGCCUCAAAUCCGUUGGACAGUCAUUGCUCGAUAUGUUCAAGCCCCUCAUCGACCAAGUCCACCAGCAUGUCGCCACCCUUGGAAGCACCCUGGCCACCGCUGCCUCAGGAAUUGUCUCUGCCAUCAAGCCGCACAUUGACACCCUCAAGAGCCAGCUGUCGGAGCACCUGAACACUCUGAAGCAGGUGGGCGCCACCCUCCUCGAACAAGGCAAGAACGCAGUGUCAGCUCUUGGAUCAGCCGUCACCGAUAUCGUUGGACAAACCGCCGUGAAUGCCGCCCCUGCUCUCCACCAGCUUCUCGAGACCGGGAAAUCUGCCGCUGGCGUCAUCGGAGGUCAUCUCAUCCAGGCUCUGGGAUAAACAGUUUAACAAGACACUGAACAGUCAAGUGAACUGUCAUUAAAACGUUUUAAAAAACAAAGCGUCUUGUUGUUGAA